AUGUUCAAUAAGAUCUUCAAGAAACGUCCACAGGACCUCUAUGCAGAUCCUCAGGACCCUAGGAGUUCAAUGUCCAUAAAUGAACACGAGAAGGGCCCCAAUGAUCUCGUCGAUACGGCUGUGCCGUUCCUCACAUGGCGCUCGUUCAUUAUGUGCAUCCUCGUCUCUAUGGGCGGUUUCCUUUUCGGUUAUGACACUGGUCAGAUCUCCGGCUUCCUGGAGAUGAAAGACUUCCUUCAUCGCUAUGGUGAACUUCAAUCAGAUGGAACCUAUCACUUUAGUAAUGUUCGCUCCGGUCUCAUUGUUGCCUUGCUAUCAGUUGGUACUCUGAUCGGAGCUCUAAUCGCCGCACCCAUCGCCGACCGCUUGGGCCGAAAAUGGUCUAUCACUUGGUGGGCUCUGAUGGUGUGUAUUGGAAUCACCAUUCAGAUUUCCUCGCCUACUGGCAAGUGGUACCAGGUUGCCAUGGGUCGUUGGGUUGCUGGACUGGGAGUUGGUGCAGUUUCCCUCCUGGUACCUAUGUAUCAGGCCGAAUCAGGACCGAGACACAUUCGAGGAUCGUUGAUUAGUACAUAUCAGCUAUUUAUCACACUUGGAAUCUUCGUUGCCAAUUGUAUCAAUUUUGGAACCGAAGAUCGCCCCGACACCAGUUCAUGGCGUAUCCCUAUGGGUAUCACCUAUGUUUGGGCCUUCAUCCUUGGUUUCGGUAUGAUGUUCUUCCCUGAAAGCCCACGCUAUGACUACCGCCACGGUAAGGUGGAUAAAGCUAAGCACACACUUACCAAAAUCUACGGUGUCCCUCAUAACCACCGCGCUCUCCACGUCGAGUUCGAUGAAAUCAGACAGAAACACGAGGAGGAGCAGCGCAACGGCCAUAUUAGCUGGUUCCAGAUGUUCCGUGAGCCGACCAUGGCGUAUCGGAUUCUUGUUGGUGUCGCCCUACAAGCUCUGCAGCAGCUGACAGGUGCCAAUUACUUUUUCUAUUAUGGCACAACAAUCUUCAAUGGCGCUGGAAUCAAAAACAGCUAUGUCACCCAGAUGAUCCUAGGCGGCGUUAACUUCGGAACAACAUUCCUCGGUCUUUACCUAAUUGAACACUGGGGCCGACGCCGUUCUCUCAUCACCGGCGCUCUAUGGAUGUUCGUCUGCUUCAUGGUCUUCGCCUCUGUGGGCCAUUUCUCCCUAGAUCGCGAGGAACCAGAACGAACAAAAUCCGCCGGCGUAGUCAUGGUCGUCUUCGCCUGUCUUUUCAUUCUAGGCUUUGCCAGUACAUGGGGUCCCAUGGUAUGGACGAUCAUCGCCGAGUUGUAUCCCUCGCAAUACCGUGCACGCGCCAUGUCUCUGGCAACUGCAUCGAACUGGCUCUGGAACUUCCUCCUUGCCUUCUUCACUCCAUUUAUUACCGGCGAUAUUGACUUCCGCUUCGGAUAUGUAUUUGCCGGAUGUCUGUUCCUUGCAGCGACUCUGGUUUACUUCGCCGUUAUCGAAGGAAAGGGCCGUACACUGGAGGAGAUUGAUACUAUGUACCGCAUGGGAGUGAAGCCGUGGCAAAGCUCGAAGUUCAAGUUCCCUGCUAAUCCAGAUGUCACCCGGAAAUCUUUGAAUAAGGAGGAUGCUCCUGGUUCGUCUCAUGUUGCUGAUACUACUACAGGGCUGCAGGAGGAUGGGUCGUGGAUGCCCGAGACACGUGCGUAA